GCACCAUGCGACCCGCCGCGCCUCCUCGCCGGCCCGGGGCUUCGCUCUCCGCUCGCUGAGCCCCCGCACUCGCCACCCCCGAAACUCGCAAAGACCAGGCGAGACGUUGGAGAGCAGCGAGGAGACUGGCCCAGACGUCCCCUGCGCCCCUAAAGAGGCUGCGGAUCCCCGUUUUCUGGGCUUAGAGAGCUUUACCAUGAACCUGGUGCAAGAUUGGCUUUAGGACAAAUUCGGAAGCCGGAGGGGGGAGUCGAGGCAAUUCUUUGGUUGCUAAGCGUGAGUGAAGACAUCCAGGAUGGCUCAGGGAUCUGGGGAUCAAAGAGCAGCGGGGACUGCUGACCCAGAGGACAGCUCUCCAAACAUGAUAGUCUACCGCAAAAUUGAAGACAUCAUUACAAAGAUGCAAGAUGACAAGACAGGGGGUGUGCCCAUCAGAACAGUCAAGAGCUUUCUCUCCAAAAUCCCCAGUGUUGUCACAGGUACUGACAUUGUGCAGUGGCUCAUGAAGAACCUUUUCAUCGAAGACCCAGGGGAAGCAAUACACUUGGGAAGCCUCAUAGCUGCCCAGGGCUACGUCUUCCCCAUCUCGGACCACGUCCUCACCUUGAAGGAUGACGGCACCUUUUAUCGUUUCCAGGCUCCGUACUUCUGGCCUUCGAACUGCUGGGAGCCUGAAAACACUGACUAUGCCAUCUAUCUCUGUAAGAGGACAAUGCAGAAUAAAGCAAGGCUGGAAUUAGCUGACUAUGAAGCAGAAAACCUAGCAAGACUCCAGAGGGCCUUUGCAAGGAAGUGGGAAUUCAUCUUUAUGCAAGCAGAAGCCCAAGUAAAGAUUGAUCGGAAAAAGGACAAGACAGAAAGGAAAAUUUUGGAUAGUCAAGAACGGGCCUUUUGGGAUGUCCACAGGCCAGUGCCAGGCUGCGUGAACACCACAGAAAUGGAUAUCAGAAAAUGUCGACGCUUGAAGAACCCACAAAAGGUUAAAAAGUCAGUGUAUGGGGUGACGGAAGAGUCCCAGUCCCAGAGCCCCGUGCACAUACCCAGUCAGCCAAUCAGGAAAACUACAAAAGAGGACAUUCGGAAACAGAUAACGUUUUUGAAUGCACAGAUUGACAGACAUUGUUUAAAAAUGUCAAAAGUGGCUGAAAGCUUAAUUGCUUACACGGAGCAGUACGUGGAGUACGACCCCUUGAUCACGCCAGCCGAGCCGUCCAAUCCCUGGACCAGUGACGAUACCACUUUAUGGGACAUGGAGAGGAGCAAAGAGCCCAGCCAGCAGCGAGUCAAGAGAUGGGGCUUCUCAUUUGACGAGAUGCUGAAGGACCAGGUGGGGCGGGAGCAGUUUCUACGAUUCCUGGAGUCCGAAUUCAGCUCAGAAAAUCUCAGGUUCUGGUUGGCUGUUCAAGAUCUCAAGAAACAACCCCUACAGGAUGUGGCCAAGAGGGUGGAAGAAAUCUGGCAAGAGUUCCUGUCUCCAGGGGCCCCAAGUGCAAUCAACCUGGAUUCUCAUAGCUACGAGAUCACCAGUCAAAACAUCAAAGAUGGAGGGAGAUACACAUUCGAAGAUGCCCAGGAGCACAUCUACAAGCUGAUGAAGAGUGACAGCUACGCCCGCUUCCUCCGGUCGAAUGCGUACCAGGACUUGCUGCUGGCCAAGAAGAAGCCAGAAAGUGAGCAAGGUCGUAGAACUUCCUUAGAAAAGUUCACUCGCAGUGUGUGCUGCUGGCGCAGAGUCAGAAUGGCCGCUGCAUUUCACCCCCGAGGUGGCUUCCUUCCAGCAGUGGGUGAGUGACCCCGGCGUCCGCACUCUCUAACCUUCCUCGGGAUCCUUCUGCACAGAAGGGGCUCCGGAAUUGCGAAGAGGUGAUCUGUUUGUCCGCGGCCUCGUCUGCACCCUCCACUCCUGUUUUCACACCCUCCUCCCACGGACAGCAGGAGGCACCGUUGUUUGGUGUCUGCAUUUUUCCUGCCCAUUUUCUGCACCCACAGUAGUUUCUUCCUAAGAAACAAGGAGCAGAGGGGUCCAGCAAUGACACUGGAUCCCUUGUCCCAGAGACAAUGCACAAAUGACGUCAUUAGGUACUGAUCCUUUAACUCACUUCUCCCGGGCCCCCAGCAGAACAGGACAGAAAUGCCCACCACAUGUGAAGGUGUUUUUAAACCCAGCGGCAGCAGCCUUAGGCUUCAUCCCCUGACACGGCAUCUGUGACCCCCUCCUCCGUGGCCUACAGCCCAGUCCUGAGGGAAACGUGGCCAUCUCAGUCUGGAUAGUCCGUUCCAGGAGGAGUCGGGCAGCUCUGCCUGCCCCUUCGUAGGGGACAGGGCUGGCCAGCCACCCACCCACUGUCCCACAGGGACCAAAAGCAUCGCAGCGGCACAUGAAAAGGGUCUGUAGGGAGAUAAGGUUCUCUGUGGCUAGGAAUUCCCUCGGCCUGAGUUUCUAUCCAGAGAGCUCAGCCUGCCCCCUGCCGCACUUUCUCGGGUCAGAAAACGUGUCUGGUUAUUGCCUGCCAAACUGCAUCCCUGCUGGGAGAGAGGAAAGGGAAAUGAGCCCACCCUCUUUGCAUCUGUGUCCAAAUGGACAUGGACUUUCAUGGGGAGAUUAUGCAUCUGGGAGGUGGGGGCGGUCAGCAUGUUGACGGUCUGUGGCUCCAAUGCUCUGCCUUGGCGGCUGGCUGGACCAAAGUCCCCAGCCAAUGGGCAUGUUUGGAGUGACCGUGUCUGCAGGAGAUGAGAAGUGCCCUGGGGAGGGCAGGUAGAGUCCCUGUGGGUCCUCGGGAGGAUCACAAGCUGCCAAGCAAGCGCUUCCUCCUGCUGUCUUGUCCGCUAAACUUCAGCGGCACUCACCCCUGCAGCCAUAGUCAGGGGUCGCUUGAACUUCCUAGUUGGAAGAUAGUAGCAUCAAGUUGUUGCCAAUAGCAACACAGCCAUGUCCCUGUUUCCUUGUGUGUUUUGACCUUUGCCUAAUUUGGAGUGAACCAGAGCUGAGAUGCCAAAGUCCAUUUGGAGAGGAGGAGGAGAAAAAGAGGCAGGCCUUGCACAGGCUACUGGAAGGCAGGCUACUGAGUAGCCCAGUUCCACUCCACUCCGGAGUCCCACAAGGACUUCCUGCAAGCUGAGUGUAGAAAGAGCACCUGCCUUGUUUGGUCAGAACUAGAGGAAGGAGACAAGAGAGUGGGUCAUAAAAGGGGGCAUUUCUCCUGCACAAUGAGAAAAGGGCAGAAAAGUGGGAAUGCAAAACCGGGGAAAGAGGCCGGGGUGUCUGCAUCUGGGCAUCGUGCCACAGGGGCAGGACACAGCUGCUGAGCUUCUGUCGCUCCUGGCAUGCCUGCCUGGUGCCAGAUUUGUCCCUGCACUGCUGGAGGCCACGAAGGAAGGGCCCCCACCACCUGCCAAAACUAACAGGCAGAGGCUAGCCUUCUUAGAGAGCCUUGGAAGUGAUGGGUAGGGCAGGAGGCAGAGAUGCCAGGAACAGCACCCAGGGAGGGCUCCCCUGAGCUGAGUCGGGACACCCCAGUUUAGGCACUGGGUUCUUACUGGGGUAAAGCAGCUUUGCCUGCCCUUCCUUAGAAAGGUAAAGAUCACACCUGCUUCUCUCCUCCCUGGAAUGGUUGCUAUGGAGAUCCCAGAGGCAUUGGCACCUACAACACAGGACCCCAAACGCAAGUGGUGGCUUCACCUGGCCUGCCCCGCAGACACCACUGAUGUGGGGUGGGUGGACAUGGAGGGAUGUCCUUAGUCCCUGAGUGUUUUCAUCUGCCUCCUUUUAUAAAGGAUUUAUUUAUUUAUUCAUUCAUUCAUUCAUUUAUUUAUUCUUGAAGAGAGUGAAAGAGAGGGAAACAUCGGUUGGUUGUCUCUCACACGCCCCCUACUGGGGACCUGGCCUGCAACCCAGGCAUGUGCCCUGAUGGGGAGUGGAAAGGGCAAGCUUUCAUUUUGCAGGAUGCUGUCCAACCCACUGAGCCACACCAGUCAGGGCCGUCUGCCUCCUUGUUUGAGAGACGGUCAAGAACAAAGGAGAAGGCUCUGAGUCAUGAAGGCUGACCCACUCAGCUCUGCCACUGACUAGCUGUGUCCUCAUCCGUCCAGUGGGGGACAAUGUAACACCUAAGUGGCAAGUGUCGAUGAAAUGUCUAGUGCGCCUGACACACAAUAGCUGCUCAACGUUCAGUCAAUAGUGACUAUUGGUGACUGUCCUUGGCAGCCAACCUGCGUCCCUGGUAAUGAGACCAUCCCCACCCUGCCACCACCAAGGUCUGGGUGAGGUGAAGUGGAGGACACUUGAGAAGGAGGGACGGGAGAUACCGAUGCCACCCCCCUGGGCAGGAAUAGGAAAUUCAAAGGGCAAGUCCCUGGGAGAUCGGGGCAUAGGCUGGUCCUUUCAAAGUUAGUUCAGACGGGAGGGCUGGCAACUCACCUUUUGUAAAUUAAAAAAAUUUUAAAGGAAAACAAGCACUGAUAGUUGACAAUGUAGGCUAGAGUCAGGUGUCCGAACCUGCCGCGGUCCCUGUGGUGCUUUCGGAGGACAAGACCGCUGGCAGGUUCCACAGGAUGGAAACCUGCUUGUUUAGAACACUGUGCUUUAGAUAAGGUGGUGAGUGUUGCAAAAGAAUCCAUUGCUUUUACUUUAAUCAUAGUUCUUAUUCUUAACAAGCUUAAAUAUAUAUAAAUUAUAUAUUCUUCAACCAGUGAACUUUUUUAUUAAUUUAAUUUUCACCUAUUUCUUGACUUUUUUAAUUUGGGUGUUAUUUUAUGAGUGUGGUAUCUUACUUUUAAAGAGUGAGAAAAAGAGAAUAUUUUAGAAUCAGAUAAAAUGCCCUUUAGCUCCCGAGAGAGAUCAGAAAACUCAGCAAGGACCCUGGAGUAAUACGGACUCCAAGAGCGGGUCUGGCCACUGGGCUCCUACCCCUCCUGGCUGAAGAGUGAGACAGCCAGGGACAGCCAGGGACAACCUCGUACCUCCGGGUGCUGCUCCGCCCAGCUGCGGUGGUCAGCAACGCGUGGCCCAGAGCAGGUUUUUCCAUUUCAUCUGCCCACCUUGACUCACAAAAUUCAAUAGAGGAUGACUACAGGUCGAGUUGAGAAGUUUUCUUAAAGUGUUCUGUAUUAAGUAUUUUUCUACCAUAGGGGCUGGAUUUUUCUGCCAAUUCCUACCAGCAGUUCUCACACCUCUAAACUGUCCCAAGCAAGUGGGUCUCUGUCCCCCAUUUUAAACAUCAUGGAAAAAGGAAAUGCCACAGAAUUCCUUAUGCUCUCUCUCAAAAUCAUUCCUCUUGCUUUCUUCAGUGGAGAAGGGGCACCAGGGGCACCAACCUGCAGAAAAAUCACCUGACAAUGUUAGACAGGUCCUUGGCUUCUCUCCCUCCUACCAAACCCCCGUUGGGGCCCUCACCUUCCCCCUGGGCUCCUAGGCUCCCAACUGCUCUUCUCAGCAGGUUCCCCCAGAACUGCGAUUCUACGUAUUCUCAUCCCUUAUGAACUUGAGCACCAUCUACUCCUAGAUGACCUCCAGUCUCCUUGGGAGGACAGCUAAUCUCUGGGGCCUCCCACUUCUUGUCCACUAAGGUCACUCGGGAGCUCUGUUCAGCAAAACAGCGUUUUUCACUAACAAGGAUGAAAACGCUUGUGUGUGGGAACAAGGUGGCCAUUUUGAGUCAAUGAAGACCAGUGUUCCAUAUGCACUCGGUUGGGAAUUCUAGUUCCUCCAACGGGAGAGGCUAGGUUUCCCCUGUACUGGACAGGAAGCACCAACUUUCUCUAAAAGGCAGCUAGGACAGCAACUGAGUAAGUAAGAAGUGGGGAAUUUCAAAGCAAAAUAUGAUAACUAGGAUUUUUUCUAAUUUUUUCUUUUGAAGUGUAACUACAUGUAGCAAAAUGAACACAUCCAAAAUGUACUGUUCAAUGAACCUGACAAAUGUAUGCACCAGUGGAACCCACACCCCACCACCCAUGCCCCACUCCCGCCUGUUUGCCCCUCUCCCCCAGAGGCAACUGCAGGGGGAUUCCCAUCCCCAUAGCAGUGAGGAUGUGGCCUUGGGGGGCCUCAGGUCUGUGAUGCCAGUCUUAGGUCAUCUGGGCAAAUCAAGAGAAUCUCAGUGAUGCCAGUCUUAGGUCAUCUGGGCAAAUCAAGAGAAUCUCAGCAGCAGCUCAAAUGUCUUUACCUGCCUUAGCAUUGAAAGGGGUCCUGCCUGAGCCCUUAGGGCUUGGCUCUGCUGCUCCCAAUGUGCCACCUGACCCCAGGGCUACUCUCUGAGCCACGGUCCUCCUCCCAGCCAAACAGUGUAGCAUCAAUCUCCCAGGUAAGUGACGGCAGGGCUUGGUAACCCGGAUGGUGCAUGUUUGUUGAUUAGUACCUGCAGGUGCGAUGCAGAUAGCCACGGCAUGUCGAUCAGCAUGGUGAUUUUCCUUAAAGCACUGCCCAAAAGGGAGCUAUUCCUUUUGUACCUUUCCUUUUUGAAACAAAGGAUUCCAUGACCACCUUCUUGCAGGCUUCUAGCCGUCAAGAAUGGCCACAGAGCUAAAAUGAUUAGCCAGGGUGGGAAUUGAACAUGUGAGUGUUUGUGAGCCCAGCACUGAGCCCGUGGUCCAUGAAACAGAAAGAUCCCAGAUUCCAUUGGAUUAAACUUGGCCAAAGGUCUCAAAGGGGAAAAGCGCUUUGUCUGUAGGCAAAGCUUUGAUGUCCCUGGAAUGUACCUUCUGCAGCUCAGUCCUCAAUCACCGUAUAUUUUUUCGCUUGGACAAAGGCCGCCUGCUAAUAGCAUUUUCCACCACCCUCAGCUGCUUCACUUAGCCAGGCCAAGGCCUCCGUCUGAGCCAGCUGCAGCUCCCUGGCACCACGGCUGGUUCCCUGCUGACCGGCACUGGGAUCAUCACACAUCCAGACCCUGAAAAAACAGCUUCCCCUGUAACUGUGCUAGACGGCAGGCAGAGGCAAAGGCAGGGUUACUCCUUCUCUUACUAGGUGUUUCCUACAGAAUCACACAAACUGGAGGCAGAGAGAGGGAAAGAUGGGGGAAGAGUCCUAGAGGACGUGAGCAGUUCUCCACUCUGGGCAGGACAGCUAGUUUGGGGGGCUCCCCGUAAGCCCCUGGCAGUAGAGACCUUGGGGCAGCUCAUCUCUGAACACAGGUGGCCUCUGCUAUUAGAUGGCACUCGGAUCCCUGGAAACUACAGGAAUCUCAGCUCUUCAGAAGGGCAGCAGCUGCUGAGCCAGAGUGAUUGCAGGAUUUCUGCCCUGAAGCCCAAGGCCAGGCAUCUACCCCUGCCUGCACCCUGCAUGAGUAACCACCUUCCAGCCUCACCCGGGAGGUCACUGCAUAGAAGACAGAUUGCAGCUGGGCUGAACUGAGCCCCCACCACCACCACCACCAGCCAACCGAACCCUUGAGACCUCCUUUAGAAUCGACUGG